AUGCUCGUCACGCCGGCGAAUCCAUGCGGUGGAUUAUUCGUUUCCCGUCGCAUUUCCCGGCAGAGAUCUCAAAUAACUAAACUACCCUCCCUCACAAACUCGAAUAACCGAAACACCCUAUUCACCGUCCCUCCGCUAGUGGCGACGGCGACGAUGACGAGAGCUUCGAAGCCGUUCCGGUGCGGUGCUCGGAGAAGAGUGAGAGACGACGUAGUAGAUGAAGAUGAAUCGUACGGAUACAACGAAGAGACAGCAAUGUUGGAGAUUUAUAGCCAAUCGUGUAGAGAAGAAGCCCUUAUAGUCACCGCCAUUGUUGACGACGAAGAAGUCGAAGUUCUCAUAUUCAAAGGAGUUUCGUCGUGUUUGAGCGGAGAAACGGCGGUGGAUCCGGCGAGGAGUGUGUUGCCGGAGAGAGCUUUGAUUACAAAGAUAGAUAGAGUGAGAGGCCCUUUUGAUCCUUCAGAGAUUCAUUACAUUCAAAAAGGACUCUCUUUUCAAGAAUUCAAGGAGACAAUGAUCAAGCCACAAGAGUAA